AUGGACUUAGCAGACCCUAUUGUUACCCAGGAGGGCCAGACCGAUACAGAGAAACCCGUGCCUUCCAACGAAAAGACCGAAGAGGUGAUUCACCGUCUUGAAGGUGAGAUUGACCAGGCAUAUUCUACGGUUGAGGCUAAGUUCCAGUCCUUGUGGACCAAUGCAUCUAAAAAUGCUCUGGACAUCCAGGAGAAGCUUAAGCUUGACGAGAAGAAAGCGUCGUUGGUCGCUCAGCUUAACACAGCCAAGGAAAACAUCAAUAACAGCAAAAUCGUCCAGGACAAUGUCCAGUCUGUGGAUGCCCAGCUCAAAGAGAUAGGAGAACAGGUCAGGGGACUCGAGAAGAAGAUUGAUUUCGGCAGCUUAUCAACUCAGGCGAACUCGGCUUUGGAUUCUUUGGACUCUGGUUUGGAGUACGUGGAAAAAGCAGCGGGUAAGUACGUGAGCCAGUUCUCGUCCUUCUUCUCCAGCAUUGUUUCUGUGGAGCCCAAGGAGGAAACUCCACCACAGGAAUCUAAAGAGCCAGAAACUCUUUUCACCAAUCCUAAAUUUCCUGGCGGAAACUACGGGUCUACUAGGUUCGACAGUGAGCUCUUCAAAUUGCACACCACUGAAUCGCUUCUCUUGGACGAUUCCAAGGACGAUGCAUCAGAAAAGGAGAAGUUUGACGUUGAGGCUAAAACUACUGAGAUUGCUGAUUUGCUCAAGCAAUACCCUGAUACCUUGGAGAAGCUUAUGCAUAAGCUCGUGCCCGUCGAGCUCUCGUACGAUACCUUCUGGUACAGAUACUUUAAAUUAGAAGACGACAUCAGAGCCAGCGAGCAGAAGAGAAAGGAACUUCUUACCAAGAAGGAGAAAACCACUGAAGAGGCUGGCGAGGAUGAUGAUGACGAUGACGAGGAGUUUACUUGGGAUGAUGAAGAUGAUGAGGAUGACGACGUCGUGAAGGUGGAAAGAGUCCAAGACGAUAAGCAGUAA